CCAAGUGCGCAGUUUAAACCUCUUCUCUCCUUAUUCUCUACCCACCGCCGCGCAUUUUAGCACCCCCGAAAUCAAAUUCCCCAUUCUCAAUCUCAAACCCUAAUCAUAGAAUCGAUCAAUUAGAGUGAAUUCGACAUCGUAAUCUGUCGAAUUCUACUGUGUAUUAUUGUAAAUUAACAGAUUUUUUCUCCGAUCGAUGAGAGGCGACGAAAAUGUCCAAAGUGAAACACUUUUUCCGGAAGCUUCACAUCGGCGAUCACCACAACCACGUGCGGCCGCCUGCGCUGGUUCCCUCAUCUCAAACGGCGCCGUCUCAGCAAUUGACCUCCACAUCUCCGUCGUCCGAGGUGCCUCCGACGGGGUCGUCGUCUUCGGGUGGCAAUUCGAGCAAUAGCAAUAUCAGUUUCUUCGAGGAGGAGUUUCAGAUGCAAUUGGCGCUGGCGAUAAGCGUUUCCGAUCCGGGUCAGGAUUGCGUUGACCCGGAAACAGCUCAAAUCAACGUCGCUAAGCAGAUUAGCCUCGGUUAUGCGCCUUCUCAGAACCUCUCGGAAUCCAUGUCGCUCCGAUUUUGGAGUUGCAAUGUUAUAAAUUAUGGUGAAAAGGUUAUAGAUGGAUUCUAUGAUGUUUGUGGAAUCAAUUCAUCUCUGGUGGUCCCAAAGAAAAUGCCAUCACUGGUGGAACUUAAAGCAAUUUCUCCUUUGGAAGAUGUGAGGUGUGAGGUGGUUCUAGUCAACCGUGCAGAUGAUGUGGAACUCCGUAAACUUGAAGAAAGAGUGUUUUAUAUGUUUGUUGAAUCCCAGGCUCUUGACAAGACCUUGAGUACAAGUUUUCUAGUUCAAAAAAUUGCGGACCUUAUUGUUGAAAGAAUGGGAGGUCCUGUUAGUGAUGUUGAAGAAAUGUUCAGAAGGUGGAGGGCAAGGAACCAUGAGUUACGGGCCUAUUUGAAUUCGGUCAUCCUUCCCCUUGGCUCUCUUGAUGUUGGCCAUUCGCGCCAAAGGGCCUUACUCUUUAAGGUCCUUGCUGAUAAGGUCAAUCUUCCAUGCAAGCUAGUCAAAGGCAGUUACUAUACUGGUACUGACGAAGGAGCUGUGAACUUGAUAAAAUUAGACGAUGGAAGCGAAUAUAUCAUUGAUCUAAUGGGUGCUCCAGGCACACUCAUUCCUACUGAGGUACCUAGUGCCCAUCCUCAAAAUUUUGAGUUAGAUGCAAGGGGUAUUGGUACGUCUCCAGGGAGUCUGAAAACCUUUUGUAUAGAUGAAAGACCUAAACCUAGGAGUUCAAGUGCACCAUCUGCGGUUUCCUUCCACUCAAAUGUAAGAGGCAGCAGAUCUGCCGGAAUAAUUUUGACAGAUCAGUUGGAGCAUAAUGUUGAAGAUCUAUAUCUUCCACUGAAGGACAAUUCUAGAAAAGAUCAGGUUCCUUCAACCUGGAAUAGUUCUAGAGAAGAUCAGGUAGUGGAACGCAAUGAACUGCCAAUAUGGGAUAGGGUGGAUGACCAGGAUCAUGCUGUACAAUGUUGUGAAAAUGAACACUCACUUAUACCCCUCACUGGACAACAGUUGUUGAACUUAUCUUAUGACAGCAGCAGAAAUGUUGAAGCUUCUGGAAAUAAUGUGCAAAUUGAACCUGUGCUGAAUGGAGUUGCCGAGAUUUUAUGGGAGGAUCUUCAGAUUGGUGAACGUAUUGGUAUAGGUUCAUAUGGUGAGGUAUAUCGAGCAGAAUGGAAUGGCACGGAAGUUGCAGUGAAGAGGUUUAUGAAACAAGACAUCUCAGGAGAUGCACUUGCACAAUUCAAAUGCGAGAUUGAGAUCAUGUUAAGGUUGAGACAUCCAAAUGUGGUCCUUUUCAUGGGAGCUGUGACACGCCCCCCUCAUAUGUCCAUAUUGACUGAAUUCCUUCCAAGGGGUAGUUUAUAUAAGCUGCUGCACCGACCAAAUAUCCAAAUAGACGAAAAAAGGAGAUUAAAAAUGGCCCUUGAUGUGGCCAAGGGAAUGAAUUACUUGCAUACUAGCCAUCCCAUAAUUGUGCAUCGAGAUUUGAAGACCCCGAAUCUCCUGGUUGAUAAAAAUUGGGCUGUCAAGGUGUGCGAUUUUGGUAUGUCUCGUCUGCAGCACCAUACUUUCCUAUCUUCAAAGUCUGCAGCUGGAACGGCAGAAUGGAUGGCCCCAGAGGUUCUGAGAAAUGAACCAUCCAAUGAGAAAUCUGAUGUAUAUAGUUUCGGAGUCAUACUGUGGGAGCUGGCAACUCUGCGCGUGCCAUGGACGGAGAUGAACUCAAUGCAGGUGGUUGGAGCUGUUGGAUUCCAGGGUAGGCACCUCGAUAUCCCCCCCACAGUUGAUCCCUUGGUGGCCGAGAUAAUAAGCGACUGUUGGAAUAGAAACCCACAGGCACGUCCUUCUUUUGCACAGAUUAUCACCCGCCUCAAGUGUCUGCAGCGCCUCAGUGUGCGUAAAACCGAGAGCUGCAAGUAUCAGGAAUAAUACCGUAGUAGCGUAGCUGAGUGUUCGCUCAUCUCUGUACUCGAAGAGCCAGUUUGAGCAGAAGUCUAUAAAAUUCAAGAAUUCUUCCGGACCUAGGCCAUUGCUGUGCAGGAAAGUUGCUGAAUUGGGAAGUGUUGGUUCAUUCAAAGUGGGAACUGAACGCAGCUGAUUCAUAGAGUAAAUCCUCAACUUCAAAAGUGUGCAGUUGGGGAAAGAACUUUAGUAAGUUUCUGCUGAGCAAAGCUUAGUCCUUCAUAUUUGUGUAUUCCUAAAAACAUGAGAGAGAAAAUGAUAAGGGCUUUCUCUCUCUUCAUGUUUUUAAGUUGAAAAACAAUGUAGUUAUCGUCAUCUAUUUGUGAGAGCGUCUUAAAUAAACACGUACUAGAAGAUAGAAAAAGCCAAAAAGGGAGUUUUUGAGUCUGUUGAGAUCCUCGAAAUAGCAAAUGUAAAAAAAGGGUAUCUGCAGUUUGUACUUUGACAGGAGUUUGUUACUUAUAAUGGAAAGUAAAAGAAUAAGAAAUGGUGUUCUGAGUUCUCA